UCCUUCUUCUUACAAUCAGAAACUCUGAAUCAGACAGCGUCGGGUUUGGGAAUUAACUCCGUCCGACACCGUUCACGGCGACUCCGGGCACCGUUGGGUUUCAACUGCUUCUUGUUUUUGAACCGGUGCAGUAGAGAGAGGCAUGGGUGACAAAGAGGAAGAGUCGGCAAUGCCAAGGGACGCAAAGAUUGUGAAGUCUUUGCUGAAAUCAAUGGGCGUGGAGGACUACGAACCUCGCGUCAUUCACAAGUUUCUUGAGCUUUGGUAUCGCUACGUCGUCGAUGUCUUAACCGACGCACAAGUCUAUUCAGAGCAUGCUGGAAAACCUGCAAUUGACUGUGACGACGUUAAGCUUGCGAUUCAGUCCAAGGUCAACUUCAGCUUCUCGCAACCACCCCCUCGUGAGGUGCUUCUGGAGUUGGCUCAAAACCGCAACAAGAUACCAUUGCCAAAGACUAUAGCAGGACCUGGUAUCCCACUUCCACCUGAUCAGGACACAUUAAUCAGUCCAAACUACCAGUUUGCAAUUCCUAACAAAAGGCCUGCCCAACCUUUAGAAGAAACAGAGGAUGAAGAAGCUACCAUUCCCAAUCCCUCUCAGGAACAGAAGGUAGACACGCAGCCGAAUCCCCAUCAGAGAGUGUCAUUUCCCCUGCCCAAACGCCAAAAGGAUUAAUUUGAAGUCCCAUCUGUCACAAAUGUUUCUGUCUAGCUCUUGUGUAAUUGUUGUACAACAGCGUUAACUACUAAAAUCUAUAUAAAAUGUAGCAUGCUUGUUUUAUUGUGUAAAAUACUAAAAUCCACUAGGUUCUGGCAUUGAAAUGAAAUGGUUUCCAAACGCCGCAAGGUCAGAAUAUGUGCUUCGUUUCAAAGUCCUUUUGAGCAGGAUCUUCAACGGAUUUAUAUAUCAUCUGUGGUUGGUUUCGA